AGAUGGAUGGAUGGAUAUUCUAUCUAAAGAUCGAUAUUCCUUUUUAACAAAUGUUAAGAAAAACCCCAUUAAGCAUGCUAUAUUGCUAUGCACGGCAAGACGACCAAACGACGACCAAAUAUAACAGGAAAAUCAAACUCUUUUUCUUUCACCUCAUUUAAAAUCUACUCUGAAUUCUCUUUCUACCUCGUUAAUUCUUUCUCAAGAAACAAUCAAAAAUGGCGGUAGGCAAAGACGAAAUGGUGGAGAUACUGAAGCCUAGAACUGACAAGAGAGAUUACAAGAGAGUCGUCCUCUCUAAUUCUCUCGAAGUUCUUCUUAUUAGCGAUCCAGAUACUGAUAAGUGUGCUGCUUCUAUGAAUGUCAAUGUUGGCUCUUUCUCUGAUCCUGAAGGCCUUGAAGGACUCGCUCAUUUUCUAGAGCACAUGUUGUUUUAUGCUAGCGAAAAAUAUCCUACUGAAGAUAGUUACUCCAAGUAUAUAACAGAGCAUGGGGGCCACACAAAUGCUUUCACUGCAUCAGAAUACACCAACUAUUACUUUGAUGUCAAUGCGGAUGCUUUUGAGGAGGCUCUUGAUAGGUUUGCACAAUUUUUUAUCAAGCCGCUCAUGUCUCCUGAUGCUACCAUGAGAGAAAUCAAAGCUGUAGAUUCAGAACAUCAAAAGAAUUUGCUUUCUGAUAUAUGGCGCAUGAACCAGCUUAAUAAGCAUCUUAGUUCACCAGCCCAUGCCUAUCACAAAUUUAGUACAGGAAGCUGGGAAACCUUGGAGGUACGCCCAAAGGCAAACGGGAUCAAUACUAGGGAGGAAUUGCUUAAAUUCUAUGAAGAAUAUUAUUCAGCAAACUUGAUGCGUCUUGUUGUCUAUGCAAAAGAAAGUCUUGAUAAAAUAGAAACCAUGGUGAAAUGCAAAUUUCAAGAUAUAAGGAAUACCAAUAGAAACUCUCUCAGCUUCCCUGGUCAGCCUUGCACAUCAGACCACCUUCAGAUACUUGUCAAAGUUGUACCAAUUAAAGAGGGCCAUAAGUUGAAAAUUAGUUGGCCAAUUACUCCUGGCAUUCAUUACUACAAGGAAGGGCCAUGCCGGUAUCUAGGACAUCUUAUUGGCCAUGAAGCAGAAGGAUCUUUGUUUUAUGUCUUGAAAAAACUAGGCUGGGCCACUGGUUUAUCUGCUGGGGAAACAGACUGGAACACUGAGUACUCUUUUUUCAAAGUUAUCAUCGAUCUUACAGAUGCUGGGCAUGAGAACAUGCAAAAUGUUGUGGGGGUGCUUUUCAAAUAUGUUCAGCUUUUGCAGAAGUCUGGUGUAUGUGAAUGGAUAUUUAAUGAGCUUUCAUCCAUUUGUCAGACGUCGUUCCAUUAUCAGGACAAAACUCCUCCUGCUGAUUAUGUGGUCAAUAUAUCAAGCAAUAUGCAUUUGUAUGCGCCUAGAGAUUGGCUUGCAAGAUCUUCACUUCCAUCUAUUUACAAUCCAAGCACUAUCCAAAAGAUUUUAGAUGAACUUUCUCCCGAAAAUGUGAGGAUAUUUUGGGAUUCGAAGUCUUUUGAAGGGCAUUCAGACUUGUCAGAGCCUUGGUAUGGAACAAAAUAUUCCCUUGAGAAGAUCUCUGCCUCAAUGAUUCAGAAUUGGAUGUCUGCUUCUCCAAAUGAGCAUCUGCAUCUACCAGAAGCCAAUGUAUUCAUUCCUACAGAUUUAUCAAUCAAAGAUUUCAAGGACAAAGUUACGCACCCCAUUUUGUUAAGGACUUCAUCUUCCUCGAGAUUAUGGUACAAGCCUGAUAUGAUUUUUGCCGUGCCUAAGGCUUAUGUGAAAAUUGAUUUUCACUGCCCAUAUGCUGGGAACUCCCCUGAAUCUGAGGUUCUCACGGACAUCUUUACAAGAUUAUUAAUGGAUUACUUGAAUGAAUGUGCAUAUGAUGCUCAAGUUGCUGGUCUUCACUAUAGCAUCAACCAUUCAGAUUGCGGAUUUGAGGUGACGGUAGUUGGUUAUAAUCACAAAUUGAGGGUCUUAUUGGAUACAAUAAUUGAUACAAUUGUGAAGUUUGAAGUAAGAGCAGACAGGUUUGCUGUUAUUAAGGAGACAAUAGUUAAGGAGUAUCAAAAUUACAAGUUUCAGCAACCAUACCAACAAGCCAUGUAUUACUGCUCAUUAAUUAUGCAAGACCAUUCAUGGCCUUGGAUGGAACAACUUGAAGUUCUACCCAACCUCGAAGCUGAUGCACUUUCCAAGUUUGUUCCCCUGAUGCUUUCAAAAGCAUAUUUUGAGUGUUACAUUGCAGGGAACAUCGAACAGAGUGAAGCUGUGUCAACAGUCGAGCACAUCGAAAGUCUCUUUUUCAAAUGUCCGAACCUUCUUUGCCAGCCUCUUUUUCCUUCGCAGCAUCAGACUAAUAGAGUUGUAAAGCUUGGAAAAGGAAAAAGUUACUGCUACAGCACGAAAGGCUUGAAUCCAAGUGACGAGAACUCUUGCCUGGUUCACUAUAUUCAGGUCCAUCCAGAUGAUUAUGUGGCGAAUGUAAAGCUUGAGCUUAUUGCACUUAUAGCCAAACAACCCACAUUUCACCAACUUCGGUCUGUUGAGCAACUUGGAUAUAUAACUGUCCUUUUAAAGAGGAAUAUAUAUGGCAUCCAUGGUUUGCAAUUUAUUAUCCAAUCUACCGCAAAGGGGCCUACUCAUAUUGACCAGAGAGUUGAGGCAUUUCUGAGUAAAUUUGAGAAUGAACUUCGGCAGCUUAGUGAAGAUGAAUUUAAGAAAAAUGUAAGUUCACUUAUCGAUAGCAAGUUGGAGAAGCACAAGAAUCUGAGAGAAGAAUCUAGAUUCUAUUGGAAAGAGAUUACUGAUGGAACAUUCAAGUUUGACAGGAAAGAAUCUGAGGUAUCGGCAUUGAAGCAGCUGACACAACAAGAGCUAAUAAGUUUCUUUGACGAAUUUGUCAAAGUCGGUGCAACCCGAAAGAAAACACUAAGCAUAAGGGUGUAUGGAUCCUCACAUUUGUCUGACUAUGAAGUCGAUAUGAAUAGCUCAGAGCAAUCAAAGUAUAUUCAUAUUGAUGAUAUUUUCUCCUUUAGAAGAUCACAACCACUCUAUGGCUCUUUUAGAGGAGGUCGGAGUCCUACAAAACUUUAAAUCGUAUCUCAAACCUGACUUGGGGAACGUAGACAGUGCAACGGAGUCUGUAGGGCAGGGAGGACACUAUAAAUUUUAUGGACGAUUUCAUGAUGUACGACAGUAGCAAUACUUAUAUUGAUUCCUGUUAGACAGUACUAGGAUGAUACCUGAAAACAGUUCUGUGAUUCUGUUGUUUUACAGGCUGUAGCAUGAUUAAUAACGUUUUAUAUAUUCAUUGCAUAACAAAACUAUCUCCUUUUAAAUUUAUGUACUAAUAAAAUAAGUUGCGUUGGUGUUUAUAUAAA